GUCAGAGAACUUGACAAAUCUUUGACCACAAAUGAGCCAAUCGGCUGUGGAAGGCAGAGUUGUCCCUGUGGCCGCCAUUAAAGAAAGGAAUCCAUGAAUUCAAAUGGAAACCAACAGGAACAGAGACAAGAAAUCAUGAUCGAAAUAAUUGAAAGAGUUUAGGCCGAUGCCAUUUUUAGAGGCUUUUACGGGAUGCACAUCGCUUUUAGAAUGGAUUUUGCCGUGGAGGAGUAAGACGGAAUAUUUUUUUAUUUUUUAAGCAGAGACCGUUUUAGGGGGAGGGGGGAGUUGCUUCUUUGCUCUCUUUUUCUUUUUUUUGUUUUAUGAACAUUUAUCGCCUCCUGGAAAUUGAUUGAACUUGGGUGCUUUUGAGAUGUCGACCUAAAGAUCAUCAUAGCUUUUUUUUUUCAUCCGCUUUUUAUCCCGGCGGGGGAACUGCGGUGGGAAGGUUGUUAAAUUAACUCUCCUUCAGCCAAAUUGAAACGAUGGAGAGUUGGACCUCGGAGUGAAGAAGGAUGAGUUCUUGUUUUGUACCGAACGGGGCCAGCUUGGAGGAUUGCCAUUCCAAUCUAUUCUGUCUGGCGGACUUGACCGGGAUCAAAUGGAAGAGGUUUGUGUGGCAGGGUCCCACGUCUGCGCCCAUCCUGUUCCCGGUGACAGAGGAGGACCCCAUCCUUUGCAGCUUCAGCCGCUGCCUGAAGGCAGACGUGCUGAGCGUGUGGCGACGCAGCCAGCGGCAGGGUCGGCGGGAGAUUUGGCUCUUCUGGUGGGGGGACGAACCCGACUUCGCCGAUCUCAUCCACCCCGAGCUCGCAGCUGAGGAUGAUGGACUCUGGGAGAACGGUCUUUCCUACGAGUGUCGCACGCUGCUGUUCAAAGCCAUCCACAACCUGCUGGAGCGCUGCCUCAUGAAUCGCAGCUUUGUACGCAUCGGAAAGUGGUUUGUCAAGCCCUACGAGAAGGAUGAGAAGCCUAUCAACAAGAGCGAACACCUGUCGUGCGCCUUCACCUUCUUCUUACACGGCGACAGCAACGUGUGUACCAGCGUGGAGAUCAACCAGCACCAGCCCGUCUACCUUCUGACCGAGGAGCAUCUCACGCUGGCUCAGCAGGCGUCCAGUCCCUUCCAAGUGAUCCUGAGUCCGUUCGGGCUGAACGGGACGCUGACCGGCCAGUCGUUCAAGAUGUCGGACCCACCUACCAAGAAGCUGAUUGAGGAGUGGAACCAGUUUUAUCCCAUCAGCCCCAGUGCCAAGAACGGUGUCACGGAGGACAAGGUGGAAGACAUGGAUUGGGAAGACGAUUCUCUGGCCUCUGUAGAGGUCCUCGUCGGUGGUGUGCGGAUGGUGUACCCAGCCUGCCUCGUAUUGGUGCCCCAGUCAGACAUCCCCGUUGCGGCCCCUGUGGGGUCCUCCUCCCACUGCACUGCCGUAUACGCCGGCGGUCACCAAGUGCUUGCAUCCCAGCGAGAACCUGCCAUGUCGUUGGUGACGCUCACCCCUCCCACGUCGCCUGAGGAGGUGCAUACAGUGGACUCUCAGUCCGCCCAGAAGUGGACCAAGAUGCCUUCAUCGUCAGACGCGUUCUACGUAGACAGAACCAGCCAUCAUGGAGGCAAGAUUCCAUGCCGACUUGCGAGUCGGGCGGUGGAGAGAGUCUGGCAAGAGUGCAAUAUCAACCACAUCCAAAACAAGCGAAAAUACUCCGCCGCAACCAAUGGUACCUGUGAGGACGAGCGGACCGAACGAACGGGAGCGUGGGAUUUUGUGGAACCUUCCGAGAGGUCGUACUGCAGUUGUUCCAGACACAAAUCGGUGAAGCAGCGAAUAGGCGGGAAUGCGGGCCAGGCUCAGUCGGCGGGCCAGGCCUCACAGACGCCUACCAAGCACAAAGCCGGAGGAGAGAAGCCGGACAAGAGCGACAAGCAGCAGAAAAGACCCCAGACUCCUUUCCAUCAUCGAAGCCUGACCAGCGACGACGCCGCCAUUGAGAGCGACGCAACAGCCGGCCAGAGUCUGGCGAUGAGGAGCCAGGACGGAGUCAGGUUCUCGAGUAUUCGCUCGGCGGAUGUGACCGCCAUUCAAAAGACGCCUCAACUCAGCAGCGGGGCGGUCAACACGGGGCCGCUAGACCCCGCCAACUCCCCGCAACCCCCGCCUCUUAGCCCCCACCCGUGCGAGCGUAGCGAGGACUCCGGGGAGGGUAUGAAGAACCCUUCCACCCCCAACAACCAACACUUUUACCAGCCUCCCCCGGAGCCGUGCCUGGGCGGCGCGAAGGGCGGUGGCGAGGAGCCGGCGGGGCCGGAGGGUCUGACCCAGCACUUCCCCUCACACCAUCCGCCCCCUUCGUCUUAUUCGGAGCCCAGUGAGCCCACGGUGUACACGGGCGCAGGGAUCCACCCGGAAGAUGACAGCACUCACUCGCCGUGGAGGUUGUUCACGUUACCCCGCAGGAGGGAAGCAGAGAUGCCCACGCCAUUGCUGCCCGGGGACAGGUUUCGGGACGACGGGUUAGCCUCCCAGGACAACCUGGUCUCUGUGACUGAGGUGAUGUCCACAUCCAAAUUCCCGCUGAAGGUGUCAGACGAGCGCGUUCUCAUGUACCAGGCCAGGAGGAACCGGUACCUGGCCGCCGCCAUCACCGACGGAGACCACGAGCCCGAGGUGGACCCUUACGCCUUUGAGGAAGGAGAUGUGAAAUUCACAUUUUCCAACAAAAAGGACAAAGCGGGCGGAGAGCGUGAGCCAGGAAAGAAACAUAAGGGUGAAGAUGGAGGAUCAGGUCCAUUAGAUGAUCCUCAGCGGGCAGCUGCUCAGAACCGCAUGGCCUCGACAAGCCUGAUCCACGAGACCGACCUGGUGGUGUCCAUCAACGACCUGGACAACCUCUUCAAUUCGGACGAAGACGAACUGGCGAGUAGUUCCAGACGACCGGCGAAUGGAACGGAAGAGAAAUUUGGCAGCAAGGAACCUAAGCCAUCCACUUUAGACCCUGUAUCCUGUAUCAGCUCGGCAGACCUACACCAGAUGUUUCCCACUCCUCCCUCCCUUGAGCAGCACAUCAUGGGCUACUCGCCCAUGAACAUGUGCAGCAAAGAGUACGGCAGCAUGGAGCCCACGCCUGGUAUGACCACGCUGGAUGGAACCCAAACCCUUGGAGGUCACUUCAAGAUCGAGGUGGAGGAGAGUUUCUGCAGCCCAAAGCCAUCCGAGGUCAAGGACUAUUCAUUUGUGUACAAGCCAGAGCUUUGCCAGGCAUUUGUGGGCUGCUCCAUGUUUGCACCGUUGAAGUCCUUGCCCAGCCAGUGUCUCCCACCUAUUAAGCUACCAGAGGAUUGCGUCUACCGACCAAGCUGGACCAUGGGCAGGGAGAUGCUCAACCCCAUGCCUGUCAUGACCAUCCUCAACAAAGACAGUAACAUCCCAAGCGUGGGCAGCACUCUGGACCAGGACUACAACCAGGCCUACACCCCUCAAACUCACACCCCCUUCAUGUCCAACAGCGCCCCACCAAGCAACAGUGGAACCGGCAUCCUGCCCUCGCCGGCCACGCCGCGUUUCUCGGCCCCCACCCCGCGUACGCCGCGCACCCCACGCACGCCCCGAGGCCCCUCCAGCGUCCAGGGCUCACUCAAGUACGAGAAUUCGGACCUGUACUCGCCAGCCUCCACCGCCUCUACCUGCAGACCGCUCAACUCGGUGGAGCCGGCCACCGUUCCUUCCAUCCCCGAGGCUCACAGCCUCUACGUCACUCUCAUCCUGUCCGAGUCGGUGAUGAACCUCUUCAAGGACUGCAACUUUGACAGCUGCUGCAUCUGCGUCUGCAACAUGAACAUCAAAGGAGCAGACGUGGGGGUCUACCUCAGCGACCCCGUCGGCGAGGCCCAGGAACCCUGCAGCUGCGGCUUCAGCGCCGUGGUCAACCGCCGCUACGGCAACGGCUCGGGACUCUUUGUGGAGGACGAGCUGGAUAUCAUCGGCCGGGGGACGGACACCAGCCGCGAGGCGGAAAGGCGUUUUGAGGAGCUCCGCCUCUCCUCGCUGGACAGAACCAGCAUCUGGAGGGGAGACCACGUCCCGGAUGAGCUCAUUCUUCUCCUGCAGGACCAGUGCACAAACCCCUUUUCGCCUAUUUCGGGACUGGAUGACGUAGUGGCACACGGACUGAAGGGUGGCCCCGCGCCCCCCUGCGUUCGGGUGGAGGAGAGGGACUUUCACAGUGACUGCUACAUGGCCUUGGAGCACGGCAGGCAGUUCAUGGACAACAUGUCAGGGGGCAAGGUGGAUGAGGGGCUGGUCAAAAGCACUUGUCUGCACCAUUGGUCUAAACAAAACGCAGUGGACGUGAGUGCGCUGUGUUCUCAGGACGUUCUCAGAGUGUUGAUGUCUCUUCAGCCUGUACUCCAAGACGCUAUCCAGAAAAAAAGGACGGUGCGGUCGUGGGGCGUUCAGGGCCCUCUCACCUGGCAGCAGUUUCACAAGAUGGCCGGACGCGGCUCAUACGGCACCGACGAGUCCCCCGAGCCCCUCCCCAUCCCCACCUUCCUGGUGGGUUACGAGUACGACUGCGUCGUGCUGUCCCCUUUCGGUCUACCCUACUGGGAGAAACUGUUGCUGGAUCCCUUCGGUUCCCAGCGGGACGUCGGGUAUUUGGUGGUGUGUCCCGACAACGAAGCUCUCCUCAGCGGUGCCAAGAGCCUCUUCAGAGACCUCACAGCCGUCUAUGAGUCGUGUCGACUGGGCCAGCAUCGGCCCAUUUCCAAAGGCUACCCUGACGGCAUCGUCCUCGUCGGCGGCAGCGGAGCCAAAAGCCUGGCGGACGAGCCAGUCAGCGAUUGGUUCCUGAAGGCUGCCAGCGGCAACAACGACGCCUUCACAAAGCUCAAACUCUAUGCACAAGUGUGCCGCCACAACCUCGCUCCCUACCUCGCAUCACAACCAUUGGAUAGUUCCCUCCUGACGCAGCCGGCUCCCUCGUUGUCGUCGUCGUCCAACCAGUCAUCCUCUGCCCCCGGCUCCGUCGGCCACCAGGGUGCGAUGCACGGCUCCCUGGUCUCCAACAGCAACAGCGGGUCCGGAAGCGGCUCGGUCUCGUCCAACAGCCUGGUGAUGACAUCAUCUGGGCAGUCUGGCAGCGGGAUGCAGUCUGCCAAGGCCGGCUCUUUUGCCCCCUUUGCAAGCGUGGGCGGCCAAAACCAGGGAGUCGGCCCUCAAAGUGGACAGCUGGGACAGCAGGCGGGGAACCAGAAUAGUACCACCUCGGGGGACAACUCCAACAGCCAGAGCCAGCCCCCCACUGAACCCCCAGAAAGCACUUUGGAACGGGACAAGGUCGGCGUGCCCACAGAUGGCGAGUCCCACGCCGUCACGUACCCACCUGCCAUUGUUGUUUACAUUGUGGAUCCCUUUAGCUACGAGGAGUCUGAAGGCGGGCCGGGCCCGGCGCCGGCCCACUCGAGCGUGUGGACGCUUGGGUUGUUACGUUGCUACCUUGAGAUGCUUCAGUUGCUUCCCGCACAUAUUCGCAACUCCAUUUUUUUACAGAUUGUCCCCUGCCAGUACCUGCUUCAGCCCGUACGAGGGGAAGACCGACAUAUCUACGUCCAGCACCUUAAGUCCUUAGCCUUCUCCGUCUUUGCUCAGUGCAGGCGGCCACUGCCCACUUCCACCAAUGUCAAGUCGUUGACGGGUUUUGGCCCUGGACUAGCCAUCGACACGGCACUUAAAAGCUCUGAGAGACCAGAGUGUCUGCGUCUGUACACGCCUCCGUUCAUCCUCGCCCCCGUUAAGGACAAGCAGACGGAGCUCGGGGAAACGUUUGGGGAGGCAUCGCAAAAGUACAACGUGCUGUUUGUUGGCUACUGUCUGUCCCACGACCAACGCUGGCUCCUUGCGACGUGCACCGACCAGUACGGGGAACUCUUGGAGACCUGCAUCAUUAGCAUCGACGUGCCCAACAGGGCCAGAAGGAAAAAGGGUUCAGUCCGACGCCUCGGCCUGCAGAAGUUGUGGGAUUGGUGCUUAGGUCUCGUCCAGAUGACAUCAGUUCCCUGGAGGGUUGUGAUUGGUCGACUGGGCAGGAUAGGACACGGAGAGUUGAAAGACUGGAGUAUCCUGCUGAGCAGAAGAAACCUCCAGUCACUCAGCCGUCGUCUGAAGGAAAUGUGCCGAAUGUGCGGCAUCUCCACCUCGGAUACUCCCAGCAUCCUCAGUGUGUGCCUGGUUGCCAUGGAGCCCCAGGGGUCCUUCAUCAUCAUGCCGGACUCGGUGUCAACGGGCUCGGUGUUUGGCCGCAGUACCACCCUAAACAUGCAAACGCCCCAGCUGAACACACCCCAGGACACCUCCUGCACUCACAUCCUGGUCUUCCCCACCUCUGCCUUUGUCCAAGUGGCCAGCUCCAAUUACACCAACAUCGACCCCAACAUCGACAUCCUCAACGGAACCACAGAUUGCCCUGACGCCAUGGGUAUCUUUGACCUGCUGGAUCCAGAGAACGAGUUGGUAGACCCCGACAUAAUCAACAUCUCCCCCACCACGUCACCCGUGCAUUCCCCCGGCUCCCAUUACCACCACGGAGGUGAUGGCGGCAAGGGCCAGAGUGCGGACCGCAUGGAGUCUCGCGAGGAGGUGCCGAAUCUCCUGCAGCAACCCCUCGCUCUCGGCUACUUUGUGUCCACGGCCAAAGCCGGACCGCUACCUCACUGGUUCUGGUCAGCGUGCCCACAGGCUCAGAACCAGUGCCCCCUUUGCCUCAAGGCCUCUUUGCACCUCCAUGUGUCUUCAGUGCAAUCGGAUGAGCUACUGCACAGCAAACACUCCCAUCCUCUCGACUCCAAUCAGACCUCAGAUGUCCUCAGAUUUGUGUUGGAGCAAUACAACGCCCUCUCCUGGCUGACAUGUGACCCGGCGACGCAGGACCGGCGAUCAUGCCUGCCCAUUCACUUCGUGGUGCUCAACCAGAUCUACAACUUCAUCAUGAACUUGUUGUAGCCGGCCGCUCGCGGUGGAGAGACGUUCCCAGGGAUAUGCAAAGCGACAACACAUCAGACCGGAGUACGGCGUCGGAUCUUAUUUAUUCCCAGACAGGAUUUGGUGUGCUGUGAAAAUCCAAAUAAAAUAAGCGGCGAGUGUCUCCUCCCUGAAAGACACACGCCAAGAGACAAGGGAAUAACGAUGAUGCUCGUGUAAACAAACAGAUAAAGGGACGUAUUUUCGAUCAAGAAGCAACUUUCACAAUGGAUUUUUUGGUUUUACAACCCAAAAUUCCUUAUUAUAUUCCUUUUUGGAUGGAAUCAUAUCCAAACAAAAUGCCUGCAUCUUAUUUAUUGUAAGUUUUUAAAUGUAUUAUUUGUCUUAUUUCUUAAUCUUAUAUAUAUAUAUACUGUAUAUAUGUAUACUGUAUGUGUAUACACACAGUAUAUAUAUUGAGAGUGUGAGAGGUUUUUACCACCUUCCUGCUUGAAAGCAGCGGCUCUAAGAUAUAUGUAAUCAUCUUAAUGACAAAAAAAAUGAUAUAAAAACAAAAAUAAGGUCCCAGUAGGUUGCUUUUAGAGUAUUAUUUUUUUGUAACGGAGAGAGACUAUUUGUAUUGUCACGAUGUACAGAAAAAGUGGAGAAUUAUGACUUACAGCAAAGCUGUAGCUUACAUAGGAAUUGUACAGCAAUGAACUUCACUGUGUUCUAAUAAAGAGGUACAUUGUUGUAUAUAGUAUUUUAUACCACACAUUUAGACACAAAAACCAAAACUGCAAUCUAUAUAAAUAAUUAUAUAUAUAAAUGCCAUGCCAAACAGUUGAGGCUGUGGCUUCUGUUUUAGGAAUAAAAAUGUGUCAACAUAAUUUCCCUGUGCUUGUGGUUUAUUGCAUUGGGGGAGAUGGGAAUGGCUGCGGUGGUGGUGGAGUCAUGAA